AUGGGCAAGGAGAAGACCCACAUCAACAUCGUGGUCAUCGGCCACGUGGACUCCGGCAAGUCCACCACGACAGGCCACCUCAUCUACAAAUGCGGGGGCAUCGACAAGAGGACCAUUGAGAAGUUCGAGAAGGAGGCAGCCGAGAUGGGGAAGGGCUCCUUCAAAUACGCCUGGGUGCUGGACAAGCUGAAGGCGGAGCGCGAGCGCGGCAUCACCAUCGACAUCUCUCUCUGGAAGUUCGAGACCACCAAGUACUACAUCACCAUCAUCGACGCCCCUGGCCACCGCGACUUCAUCAAGAACAUGAUCACCGGCACAUCCCAGGCGGACUGUGCGGUGCUGAUCGUGGCGGCAGGCGUGGGCGAGUUCGAGGCGGGCAUCUCCAAGAACGGGCAGACGCGGGAGCACGCGCUGCUGGCCUACACGCUGGGCGUGAAGCAGCUCAUCGUGGGCGUGAACAAGAUGGACUCCACGGAGCCGGCGUAUAGCGAGAAGCGCUACGACGAGAUCGUCAAGGAAGUCAGCGCCUACAUCAAGAAGAUUGGCUACAACCCGGCCACCGUGCCCUUCGUGCCUAUCUCCGGCUGGCACGGUGACAACAUGCUGGAGCCCUCCCCCAACAUGCCGUGGUUCAAAGGCUGGAAAGUGGAGCGCAAGGAAGGGAACGCAAGUGGCGUGUCCCUGCUCGAGGCCCUGGACACCAUCCUGCCCCCCACGCGCCCCACGGACAAGCCCCUGCGCCUGCCACUGCAGGACGUGUACAAGAUCGGCGGCAUCGGCACGGUGCCCGUGGGCCGAGUGGAGACCGGCAUCCUGCGGCCGGGCAUGGUGGUGACCUUUGCACCCGUGAACAUCACCACGGAGGUGAAGUCGGUGGAGAUGCACCACGAGGCGCUGAGCGAAGCCCUGCCCGGCGACAACGUGGGCUUCAACGUGAAGAAUGUGUCGGUCAAGGACAUCCGCCGGGGCAACGUGUGCGGGGACAGCAAGUCCGACCCGCCACAGGAGGCCGCCCAGUUCACCUCCCAGGUCAUCAUCCUGAACCACCCCGGGCAGAUCAGCGCCGGCUACUCGCCGGUCAUUGACUGCCACACGGCGCACAUUGCCUGCAAGUUUGCAGAGCUGAAGGAGAAGAUUGACCGGCGCUCCGGCAAGAAGCUGGAGGACAACCCCAAGUCCCUGAAGUCUGGUGAUGCCGCCAUCGUGGAGAUGGUCCCGGGAAAGCCCAUGUGUGUGGAGAGCUUCUCCCAGUACCCGCCUCUCGCUGCCCUGGGCAGGGCUGCCGGGCUGCGGCUGGCCAUUGCCAUCACAGCUAAACGGGCGCACUCUGAGCCAGCCGGUUUCUAA